AUGACAGAUGCUGAGGUUCUUACAAAGCUGCGUUCCAUUGUGACGAUUGGAAACCCUGACAAGAAGUAUAAGAAGAUCGAUAAGAUUGGUUCGGGGUAA